AUCGAUAGUGCCGUCGAUGUUUCUCCACCUCUACUCUUAAUACAAAUAAUAAAUAAAAAAAUCAAAAUUAAAUGUGCUAAUACGGUUGAACGGUCAGCGCAAGGUUUUAAACAAUAAUAAACGUAUUUAAAUCAAGUGCAGCACACCAGACAACUGGGAAUAACGUAAAGAUUAGAGCACGCGCUUGAAGUACUGCAAUUGCAAUUUGCAAUCUCCAUUUUUGGCUGCGGCAUUUUACAAUUAAUAAAAGGCUAAAAUCAAAUUAACUUCAGUCUCAAAUCAAAACCGAGCAGCCAAGAUGCAAAACAAUCCCAGUCCACAGUUACCAUGCAAGGGCAUUUUAAAGACUUCACGCAGCUUCGACAAGUCGGGCGCCAGUUUCCGCAAAAGUGCCAAGUUCGACGAACUGAAUGUGCUGCAAACGUUUCAUCCGGCCGACAAGGAUUAUGGCCAUAUGAAAAUCGAUGAGCCAAAGACACCCUACAACUAUACAGAACCCUUCAAUGAAAACAAAGAUGAACUGGACACUGAGCUGCUAGUAGAGAAAUUGCGCAUUGCAGCCAGCUCACAGUCUUCCCAGAGCAUUGAUGAUGAAGGUUCUUCCGGCGAUGAGCAGCCUCUUAGCGAAGAGGAGCGACAGCGACGUCGUGAAUUUGAGCGGCGUCGCAAGGCGCAUUACCGUGAAUUCGAGGCAGUAAAAUUAGCACGCAAGCUUAUACAGGAGGAGGACGAUGAUGUCGAGGAUAAUGAGGGCGGCGCUGCAUCUGGUUCGGCACAAGGCGGCGCCUCCAGCUCCAGUUCCAGCAGAUUCGCCAGCGGUUCGACACAAAAGGCAAGUCCGAAAGCAACUACAUCCGCCUCAACCAGUGCCAGCAGCAGCAGUAAUAUGGAUCUCGAGCCAACACAGAACUAAUUAUAGCAAUACGGCAUCUCGAUAUAUACAGGGCUCUUAACUGUCGUUGUUUGUUGAUGUUACUGAUGUUGUGCGUGUAGGCGAUUCAUCCCCAAAACAAAAACUCCAUUCAAUUGCUACUCAAUGCUAUCGUGAUGAAUUGAAUUUAUACAUAUAAUAUAUAUGAAUGAAUAUUUGCCAAGCGAGGUUCAAGGAAGUGUUUGAAGCAAUUUGAAGUGAAACUGUCCACUAAACGCUAGACAAUUGUCAAAUCCUCGCGAAAUGUGCUUUCCAUCAGAGAACAAUGAAAAUUCUUUUUAUUAAUAUUGUAGCUGCAAGAUAUAUUUUACAAGAACAACAAAUAACAACAAGUGCACAUGAUAAACAAUAUAUAGUGAGAGAAAAACAAAAUAUAUGAACAAUUGGUAGCGUUAAACGUAGUUAAUGUUUUUAUCAUUUUCCUAUACGUAUAACUUUAUUUUUAACCCUGUAACUUGAAUAUUAACCUUAGUCGAACUCCGAGCGUAACGCAUUCAUUUGCAUUUAAUUUGUCAAUAGGUGGAAAUUUGAUUUCUCAACAUGAAACACACACAAAAGUGCCACAAAAACAGAAACAUAAAUAAUGAGGAGAGGAGAAGAUGAAUGAUAAUGAAGUAAGCCAUGAAGAAAACGGUAAAGAUGAAGAUGAUGAUGAUGAAGGAAAACUUGUUGAAUAUUGAGCAUUGAUUUGGCCUUACGUUUAGUUAUUUAUUAAACCAAAACAUGUACUAUUAUAAUUACGAUUACGAUUAUUAUUGUGAAUAUAAUAAUUCCUUUUUUUUAGCAAUGCAAUACGAAAGUUUCAAAUAAAGAGCAAUGUGAAAUCCUUUGUAAAAACCCAAAACAAUUCAAAUCCCCAACUCGGAAAGUUUUAGAAAGAAAACACAAUGGUCGCUUUUCUCGUCGCGAGUGUUCAUAAACUUGCCAUUUAUUUACUUCUCAUUAUUCAUUGUUCAUAGUUAUACAACAAUUUGUGUAUAUAUACGUAAGGUAAAUCCAUAUCGUGUAGUUUUGACAUUGCUGGUCAGUAUUUUGUUUUGUUUUGUUUUAUGUUGGUAUUGUUUUGCUUUGCUUUCAUUUGUUUUGUUUUAUUUAGGUAGUAAGUCUGAGUCUGAGAGUUUUUGGCGUCAUCGAGGCGACUCCCAAGGACGAGCACAGAACAUUGGCCCCUUCCAAGCACAAAAGGCAACGGCAUCCUCAUACUAUCCCCCCGGGGAGAGGGACGUUAUUAUACUGUCCUCAGGAUAACUCGCGUCGAGACAAAUUACAUUUAAACUGACAAUACGAUCAAUUUCAUAUUAGAUCUAUCUGCUCUCAAUGAUGUUGUUUUGGUAUUUUCAAUAUAAUAUCACUUACUUAGCGGUUAAUCGAAAUUUUUUUAUAUGCUCUUAAACAAUAUAUAUAUAUCUAUGCACAUAUACGAAUAUACAUGCAUAGUAUUUAACAAAAUAAAGACAAAUUAUGCAACUCAAACUAAUUUAACAAUGAGACGCGUUGCUAGAGCAACGCCUAGAAUUCCACCUGAUGCUGCCAAGAUUCCCGACCAUAUGUGUUUACAUCUUUUCGAUUCAAUUUACAUUUAACUAGUCCCAUCCAUAUAGUCGGGAAUCGAGGGCACAAUUGGCGCGAUCUCUAAGCGAAACUGCUUCGCACGG